GAGAAUGAGACUUGAAGUCUCGCAACUCUCAGUACACAUCAAUCGUCCAUACCAUGAUGAAGGAAAAUUCAUUUCAUUAUCUUCAUGAUGUUCAUAGCGAAUCUAAAUCGUAUAAUCGGAUUUACAAAGAGGAUCUUCGAUCCAGUAUGCAACUAAAUAUCUGGGUCAUGAAGAUAAUCGGCACUUGGCCGCUAAGACAAUCUUGGACCGAGACGUUAUGGAACAGAGUACUGAAUGUAAUCUGUUAUGUGUUACUGGCCUUUCUUCUGAUUCCCAGCGGCAUGUUUAUCGUUCUGGAGAUUAAGGACUUCUACAAUCAGCUGAAACUCGGUAGCGCUCUCACCUUCUUCUUCAUGGCCGUGAUGAAAUACUGUGCUUUGCUUCUGCGCGAGGGCGACAUACGCAGAUGCGUCGAUUAUAUCGAGGGAGAUUGGAAAAACGUGAGAUACACGGAGGAUCGGAAGAUCAUGUUGGAGAACGCGAAUUUUAGCCGCCGGCUGGUAAUCAUCUGCGGUAUCUUCAUGUACGGUGGCGUCCUGUUCUAUUUUGUUGCGGUGCCGCUAACUCGCGCGAAGAUCGUCGAGGAGGACGGCAAUAUCACCUAUCGCAGACUGGUGUUCCCGGUGCCUAACGUAAUCGUUGAUGCUCGUCGUAGUCCCGUCAACGAGAUAUUCUAUUUUAUUCAAUUGUUUGCGGGCUUUGUCGCCCACAACAUCACGGUAGCCGCUUGUGGUUUGGCAGCCCUUGUCGCAAUGCACGCUUGUGGACAACUGCAAGUGCUCAUGUCUUGGAUAAGCCAUCUGGUCGACGGUCGAGAGGGUGUCAAUGACACUACUGACGAGAGACUGGCAAAGAUCGUUCAAUUGCAUGUGCGCAUCUUGAACUUCAUAUCUUUAGCUGAGGAAUUGUUACAUGAGAUAUCUCUGGUGGAAGUUGUGGGAUGUACAUUGAAUAUAUGUUUUCUUGGAUAUUAUUGUAUGAUGGAAUGGAAUUUUAAACAACCUGUAAGCGGUUUAACGUAUCUGAUACUUCUUAUUUCGCUUACGUUCAACAUAUUUAUAUUUUGUUACAUAGGUGAACUUUUAACAGAACAGACUAUAAAAAUACGCGAGAGCUCGUAUAUGAUUGAUUGGUACCGACUUCCGGAAAAAAAGAGCCUCGCCAUCAUCUUGAUAAUUUGUAUGUCCAAUGCAACUACCAGACUUACUGCAGGAAAUAUAAUUGAACUGUCCAUCAGCAGCUUCGGCGAUGUUAUCAAAUCAUCUGUCGCUUAUUUAAACAUGCUACGAACAUUUACAACUUGAAGAAAUACAAUUUGAAUUAUAGUAGUACUUAUCAAAUGAUAUUGAUGAAUCUUUCACGACCGUGGCAGCAGUAACAUAGCGAGAAACAUUUAGGCAUGUUUUAAUCAUCAAGUUUUGAUGAUUGUGCUCUGAAUAAAACAAUUGAAAUAUG